AUGAAACGACCUCCGGCCCGAAAAGCAGCAAAACUUGAUGAACUGGCGGCUUUGGUGAGAAUGGAGUUAACCCCGGAAGACAAAGAUGAAGAUAUAAGAGAUCGUGUUCCUUACACUCCAAAAGGUUUCUCAUUGUUGAAUGGUCAUCACAGUCCAUUAUCGAGCAAUGGUAGCACAAGUAAUGGUCAUAUGAAUGGACACACAAAUGGGCAUGCAAAUGGACACCAUCAUUCUCAAACGAAUGGCAAUCAUAUCUAUGAUUUCUCUUCAGAUGAUGACAAGCCUCUUGCCAGAUUCUUAAAUGGAAAACUCAAUGGGAAGUUGAAGUUGAAUGGAAAAGUGAAUGGAAACCAUUUCCAAAAGAAGGAGCCUCAACAAAAAGUGGAGAUUACAGUGAAGAGAGAACCACCAGACACCUAUGAAUCGGAUCCAAGUGAGUGCACGGGUUAUGGUCGACUUUGUGAAAAGCCGAGCACAUCAAAAGUCUUCCAGCCGUUCAGCAUUAAAACCAGGAAAAGAAAGGCUGAAACCCGUCAAUUCGUUUGCGCCAUUCAAGUGGCUUCAAAAUGUAUCCAACAAGGCAUGGAUGAGGGACGAUUCACACAAUUGAAUAAAGAUGAACACUUCUGCAAGACAUGCCAAUUUGAGCUCUCGUUGGGAAAGAUGGAAGCCGCGUUUGUGUCCUGGAAAGAGGAUUUUUCGUUUCAUUCGAAGAAGAACCCGUCUGCUAAAGCCUAUGUACAGGACCGCCUUCUUCCCUUCUGGUUACGCUGUCGCGAGUGCCAGAAGUUUCGUGAGGUGCCAAUCAUGGAAUUGGAGAGAAAUCCACUUACACCAGAAGAUAUUCACUCAUUCACUUGUGGAUCGCUGACGAACAGAAGCUCUUGCAAGGAUGAUAUUGAUCAGAAAGUCGGCUCAGCUUGGCAAAUGGGAUGGAUGGAACACUCAAACACUCCUCCAUUAUUGAUUAAUUCCCCAGCUACUCCAUUCAUCGAUCGCCAAAAUUACUAUUACGACUUGGUCGGAAUGAGUCCUGCACAAAGCCGAUUCAAAACCGAAACAAAUUUGGAAAAGCUGGGUGAUUGGGCUCGACCAUUCCACAUUCCUCAUUCCGAUCCAGUUGCUUUGACUUUCCGAGCUGGUGAAAUGGACUACGAUGAGAAACAGAAAUUCCCCGCUUUCAUCAAAGAGCCUUUCUACUACGUGGCCGUUCGCAACUUGAUAGUCUCUUUGUGGACUCUAAACCCAUUUGUAAAGACACGAUUGAAUCGACCUCUCUCUGUGGUGAUUAUCGGUGCUGGCUUGAGUGGUCUCACCGCAGCUCGUCAACUGCGUUCUUUUGGUGUUCAAGUGACUGUGGUUGAGGCGAAGAAUCGAAUCGGUGGUAGAAUGAAUGAUGCAUACAAUCUUGGUUCGACGGUUGGUCGUGGCGCUCAAAUCGUGACCGGAGUCGUGAACAGCCCCAUAGUCCUCGUCUGUAUGCAGAAAGGUUUCCGGCAUCGAGUGCUAAAAGAUGAAUGUCCAACGAUUGAUUCAACAUCCGGAAAACCGAUUGAUGUCAAGACUGAUGAGCUAGCGAGUGUUAUGUACAACACCGCCUACGAUGGAAUCUGUCAAUGGAGAAAUCUCAACAAGAAGGACCACUCGCUGCUAGACUCAACCAAUUCUAAAGAUUUCGCAAUUUUCUCUCAAUUUGUGCUGUUC